UAGUGUCUAGAAAGGAGGGUCAGAAGGGCAUUAGCUAUGGCCCCCAGGAAAAGAAGUGGGCGAGGAAUUUCGUUCAUCUUCUGCUGCUUCCGAAGUAAUGACCAUCCAGAGAUCACAUACCGGCUGCGGAAUGACAGCAGCUUUGCCUUGCAAACCAUGGAGCCGGCCUUUCCCAUGCCUCCGGUGGAAGAACUGGACGUUAUGUUUAGUGAGCUUGUGGAUGAACUCGACCUUACGGAUAAGCACAGAGAAGCGAUGUUUGCACUCCCAGCUGAAAAGAAAUGGCAGAUUUACUGCAGCAAGAAAAAGGACCAAGAAGAAAAUAAAGGAGCUACAAGCUGGCCAGAAUUCUACAUUGAUCAGCUUAAUUCAAUGGCUGCUAGAAAAUCGUUGAUCGCUUUGGAAAAAGAAGACGAAGAAGAGAGAAACAAAACCAUAGAGAGCUUGAAAACUGCAUUGAGGACCAAGCCCAUGAGGUUUGUUACCAGAUUCAUUGACCUGGACGGCUUGACGUGCAUUCUGAAUUUCUUGAGGAGCAUGGACUAUGAGACGUCAGAGUCUCGAAUACAUACCUCUCUCAUCGGAUGCAUCAAAGCUCUGAUGAACAACUCUCUCGGGAGGGCGCAUGUUUUGGCCCACUCAGAGAGCAUCAAUGUAAUAGCUCAGAGUCUGAGCACGGAGAACAUUAAGACGAAGGUGGCAGUCCUGGAAAUCAUGGGUGCCGUGUGUCUGGUUCCCGGCGGUCACAAGAAGGUGCUGGAGGCCAUGGUGCAUUACCAAAAAUAUGCCAGCGAACGGACCCGCUUUCAGACAUUAAUAAACGACCUGGAUAGAAGUACAGGGCGCUAUCGAGAUGAAGUAAGCCUCAAGACGGCCAUUAUGUCCUUUAUCAAUGCGGUCCUAAGUCAAGGCGCAGGAGUGGAAAGUCUGGACUUCAGACUUCAUCUUAGAUACGAAUUUCUCAUGCUUGGGAUUCAGCCGGUCAUUGACAAAUUGAGAGAGCACGAAAAUUCCACGUUAGAUAGGCAUUUAGACUUCUUUGAGAUGCUCCGGAAUGAAGACGAGUUAGAGUUUGCCAAAAGAUUUGAGCUGGUCCAUAUAGAUACCAAAAGCGCUACCCAGAUGUUCGAACUGACGAGGAAGAGGCUGACUCACACGGAGGCAUACCCGCACUUUAUGUCCAUUCUUCACCACUGUCUCCAAAUGCCUUACAAGAGAAAUGGCAACACGGUUCAUUACUGGCUUCUGCUGGACCGUAUUAUACAACAAAUUGUCAUUCAAAAUGACAAGGGGCAGGAUCCCGAUUCAACACCCCUGGAGAACUUCAACAUUAAGAACGUCGUCCGAAUGUUGGUGAAUGAAAAUGAAGUCAGACAAUGGAAGGAGCAAGCGGAAAAAAUGCGAAAAGAACAUCAUGAGCUCCAGCAAAAGCUGGAGAAGAAGGAGCGCGAAUGUGAUGCCAAGACCCAGGAGAAAGAGGAGAUGAUGCAGACGUUGAAUAAGAUGAAGGAGAAGCUGGAGAAAGAGCUGGCGGAGCACAAGCAAGUGAAGCAGCAAGUGGUGGACCUCACGGCGCAGAUCCACGAACUCAGCCGGAGAGCAAUAUGCGCAUCAGUACCCGGGGGGCCCCCUCUACCGCCUGGGGCACCUGGGGGCCCCUUACCAACCUCUUCCAUGGGAUCUCUCCUCCCAAUCCCUCCACCACCACCGCCACCUGGAGGAAUGCUCCCCCCUCCGCCUCCACCCCCACCACCUCCUGGGGGUCCUCCCCCUCCACCGGGACCGCCUCCUCUAGGUGGCAUCACCCCCCCUCCAGGAGCACCUCUGGGAUCAGCAAUGAAGAGGAAAAAUAUCCCACAGCCCACAAACGCUCUCAAGUCCUUCAACUGGUCUAAGCUGCCAGAGAACAAGCUAGAAGGCACCGUGUGGACGGACAUAGACGAUGCAAAGGUAUUCAAGGUGCUGGAUCUCGAAGAUCUCGAGAGAACGUUCUCCGCUUACCAAAGGCAACAGGACUUCUUUGUGAACAAUAACUCCAAGCAGAAAGAAGACACCCUCGAUGAUGCUCUGAGUUCCAGGCAUAAAGUCAAGGAGCUAUCGGUCAUAGACGGUCGGAGAGCCCAGAACUGCAAUAUUCUCCUCUCAAGGCUGAAGUUAUCGAAUGACGAAAUCAAACGUGCAAUCUUGACGAUGGACGAGCAAGAGGACUUGCCAAAAGACAUGCUGGAGCAGCUCUUAAAAUUUGUUCCCGAGAAAGCAGACAUCGACCUCUUGGAGGAACACAAACAUGAGCUGGAUCGGAUGGCCAAGGCGGACAGGUUCCUCUUUGAAAUGAGCAGGAUAAACCAUUACCAGCAAAGGCUGCAGUCUUUGUAUUUUAAAAAGAAGUUUGCCGAGAGGGUUGCGGAAGUCAAACCCAAAGUGGAAGCCAUCCGCGCGGCUUCCAAGGAGGUGUUCCACAGCAAGAGCCUGAAGCAGCUCCUGGAGGUGGUCUUGGCCUUUGGCAACUACAUGAACAAAGGUCAAAGAGGAGAGCAGCCAGUACUUGGCUUUAAAAUCUCUCGAGCCUGGAACAAGAUCACAUGUGAUUACACGAAAUCCGCAAGCUUUGUCGACAAGAACAUUACCCUGCUGCACUAUCUCAUCACCAUCGUAGAAAAGAAAUACCCCAAAGUUCUCAACCUGCAUGAAGAACUGAAACAUGUCCCAGAGGCUGCCAAAGUCAACAUGACAGAGCUGGAAAAGGAAAUCGGCAACUUGAGGAGCGGUCUCAGAGCCGUGGAGACGGAGUUGGAGUACCAGAAAUCUCAGCCGUCCCACCCUGGAGACAAAUUCAUUACUGUUGUCAGCCAGUUUAUCACCUUGGCCAGCUUUGGUUUCUCGGACGUGGAGGAUCUUCUGGCGGAGGCCAAAGAGCUGUUCGCCAAGGCUGUAAAGCAUUUUGUGGAAGACGUGGGGAAAACCCAGCCCGAUGAGUUCUUCGGGAUUUUUGACCAGUUCCUCCAGGCUGUGACAGAAGCCAAACAAGAAAACGAAAACAUGAGGAAGAGGAAGGAAGAAGAAGAGCGGCGGGCACGCAUGGAGGCUCAGCUCAAAGAACAGCGCGAGAGGGAGCGCAAGGCCCGGAAGGCGAAAGAAAACAGCGAGGAAGGCGGGGAGUUCGACGACCUUGUCUCUGCCCUGCGGUCCGGCGAAGUCUUCGACAAAGACCUCUCCAAACUGAAACGCAAUCGCAAACGCAUCACCAAUCAGCUGGCGGACGGCAGCCGCGAGCGACCCAUCACGAAACUCAACUUCUGAAUUUCCUUUGGACGGAAGAGUGCGAGCGUGUUAGAAGGACUCUGUCGAGCAGCUGCGCUGAAAAGGCCCGUGUUUGCCUGUCUUGUGACUCGACCAAACGAGCUCUUCCCCCGUUCUCGUUUUGUGUGCGCGUGCUCGCGGAAGCGUGUGUGCGAAGGUGCCGUAAAUGAAUCUGGUUGGGCUGGUGGGUGUGGGGGUGUCGGGAAGUGUUUGUGAGUGUGUUUAUGCACACGUUCCCAGCUGCCUAAACCAGUGUUCCCCUUUCCUUUCCCUCCACCAAGAAAUAUUUUGAAACAGUAGCUUUUCCGCUGUCCAAACACAAGCAGUUUGAGAAAGAGAAGGUGAAAAAAAUUCCCACUGGAAAUCUCCGAAGCUUUCUAGUGGGAAAACAGACAAGAGGCAGGGGAUUCCGUUCACGAUGCUGUAUGUUUUUUCUUUCCUUUUAAAGGCCAGCCUGUGAGAUUCUGAUUUGUAUCAGAGUUCUGGCGCCCUUCUCUCCUCCCAAUAGUUCUUCCAACCCCAAAUGACCCUGCAGUGCGGGGGACGGGGGGAGCUUACACUUUUCAGUUCGGAUCCAAACUGGGGCCUUGCACCACCGUUUAAAGGGAAGAAAUGCUGACACGUUCCAUACGGUGAACUCCUACCGUCUUGUCUGGUUUGGACCUUACAAACCUGUAAACGGUUCUGUGGAUGAAAACAUGGGGGAGAUUUAAGUGGGAAAGGACGGGUGAAAUAGGGAGGCCGUAUGUAUGAACCUUGGUUGAGAAAAGCCGAGCGCGAGCCGUUGAAAUUAGGACCGCAGGCAGCUGAAAAUCCGUUAGAAACUCCUAAAUCAUUGCUGGUGAGAAUCGAAGUAAUUGGUUUGCGUUAUUCGAAACUUGAACUAUACCCUUCCCCUUCGUGGUGAUUGUUACCGGUUCCACCAUUCUUGUCUGUAACCCGCCCGCUCCAUCUCAACGGAUUUCUCUUCUGUCAUUGGUUUCCAGUGAGAUGCGUUUCCCCCCCACAAAUCCUCCUAAGCCUGCUAAAGAAAAUUUACCCAGAGGACGUUCUUCUUGCUGUGACAGUUCAUACGUGGGAAUUUGCUUAUUGUCUUGCCUGAGUUGGAUGGAGGAUGUUUUGUGCUUCUUUUUAAACUGGGAGGCAAAGAGCUCCAUGUUUUAAGUUCUCUCCCCCAGCCAUGGGACAAACUGUAUUCUCUGUAAAUAUAGGUCAGGAUUGAUUCUGUCUGGGCCGGUUCCGUUGCAUGGCAGCCCCUGGAGGGACUUGAGGGUUUAGACACAGGCUCACAGCUUAGGGGUCCCUUUGACACGCACACUAGACGUUCCCCCAUGCGCACAAACAUCAGUUAAAGCUGCAUUUUCAAUUCCUUCUCGUCAGAUGGACCGACUUACUAAACGGAUUAUGGCUUGGGGUGGGGCUACUACAACCAAAAUGGUUCUUAAGAGCCCCCAUCCCGAUGUUGUGAAUGUGUCCUCUGACAUAGCUUGCUCCCCCGUGAACACCACAGUGCCACACAGCCUGGAUUCUUUGCACAUGGAAUUGUGGCUUCAUUCCGGGAUUGCCCUGGAUUCAAAGGAGGAAGGUUAGACGCUGCUUUCUAGCAAAGGGAGUUUUGAAAGGGACUGCCAUCCGCUGACGUGUUGUUGUUUUUUUAGGGAUUUUAAUUUAUAAUGUAAAAGUAGCCAGAGGAAAAAGAAAGGCCAAAACCUUUUUUUUAAAUUUUUGUUUGUUUUGUUUCUUGAGACGUAUGUUUCGCUGUUCAUAUUUUGUCUUGCAAAUCUGUCAGCAGAACUACCUGUAAAGAGAUCGAUCCAAAAUUCUACUAAACCCAGAUUACUCAGGGAGUAAUUAAUAAUUUAAAAAUAGUAAUACAAAAAAAAAAGAAAUAAUUGGGACACUUUUUUUGAAAAAAAAAUGCCAAUACUAUAGCACGGCUUAAUAUUCUUAAAUUAUAGAGAAUAUAGACUGUUACUUUUUGUUCGUUUGCUUCCUUUUAUUUAUUUGUGGGUUUUCUCUUAAGUGAUUUUUAUACUAUCAUCGCUGUGUUGUGAUCCAAGAUGUAAUGGGGAUAUUGUGCAUUUGUGUGUGUUUUUCUUUUCCUGUGGAGGUUUUUUAGUUAAUCCCUGUUGCAUUUGUAGCCGUUUUGAAAUAUGCUGGUCUUGUAAAAGAUAUUGACCGGUGAGAAAUUCGGAUGACAUUUUUCCCCUUCAUGUACUGAACAUCAAUAUGUGGAGUUUUUCUUCACAGAUCCUGAUGUAGCACAGAAACUGUGUAGAGAGCUGUCCAAGAGAGAGUGUGCAUAAAAGCGUGUGCGUGUGUGCAUUUUCUUUUUACAACUCUAGCUCUUCUUCAAUUUUUGGAUGUGCCGCAUGCGCAGACGACUCUUCAAAUAGCUUGCGAAGCAGUUAGAAUGCAAAAGCCGAUUCUCCGAACCGCUGUGAAAUCUACCGAAUGUGCAAAGGCAGCACAUUUGCUAUAAAAGCUGGAAACGUAGUUGAUCUAUAACUGUUCCUUAACUAAAGUGCCUCUAUUUUUUUAUAUAAUUUUUUUUUUCUCCAUUUAUAGCCGGAAGAAAUUUGGCCAGAUUACGAUUAAAAGAACGGACUUUUCUUCAAAACGAGCUGGGACGGUCCAAUGAUUUGUAUUUAAUGGUUUUGAGAUUUUUUUUUCCUUAAAAACAAAACGUGUUUUGAAUUUGGAAACAAGACUAAUAAAAGAGGAAUGGGUGCUGUCUAAACA